AUGGCAGAAGCACUCGGCGUCGCGUCCAGCGUUAUCGCUGUGGUUGAGUUGUCUGUCAAGGUGCUUUCCUUGUGUUUGCAAUACUCUCGAGAGGUAAAGAACGCCAAGGAUGAUAUCGAAAGGCUCCGCAAAGAAGUUGCUAGCUUUAAGGCCACUGCCGAUGAACUCAAGGCUCUCCUCGAGGGGCCUCAUGGGAAGGCGUUGAAAACAUCUCAACAAUUAGUAUCUGUGAUAGAAAAUGGCCACUCCACCCUGGGAAAGCUUAAACAACGGCUCCAACCUUCGACUGGUCGAAAGGCAAUGAGUCGGUUUGGUAUGCGUGCCCUCAAAUGGCCAUUCGAAAGAAAAGACGUUGAGGGGACCAUUCAAAACCUUGAGCAUUGCAGAACAAAUGUUUCUUUGGCGUUGAAUAUUGAUCAGACCGUAAUCCUCCAGAACGUCGAUGACCGAAUGACCCUUAACCAACUGCCGAUCGCACACGGUGCCUCUUUCGACUCUAAGGUGGAAGAACACAACCCGACAUGCUUGCCCAACACACAUCAGGAACUUCUCGACGAUAUCGACCAUUGGAUUGACGAUCCCAACUCAGAAACAGUAUACUGGCUUAACGGUAUGGCGGGGACUGGGAAGUCGACCAUCGCACGGACUGUUGCACAUUCGCGAUCGAAGCGAGGCGAUCUAGGCGCUAGCUUCUUCUUUAAGAGAGGAGAAAUGGAUAGAGGCAACCUGAAUAAAGUGAUGUCGACUCUAGCCCACCAACUGGCCUUGAGCAUACCAGGAGUUGCAUUCUUUAUUAAAAAGGCACUUGAUAAUAACCCAGCGGUUGUGGGAAAGUCUGCGAAAGAGCAGUUUGAAAAGCUCAUCCAAGAACCGCUAUGUGAGGCAGCGGCAAUAGCAACAACUCCAUCAUCGAUUGUGAUGGUGAUUGAUGCGUUGGACGAGUGCGAUCAAGAGACUGACAUCAGGUUGCUGAUCAACAUCUUCUCGAAAGUUCAAACUAUCCAGCCUCACCUCCGGAUAUUCUUGACGAGCAGGCCCGAGCUACCAAUUCGACUUGGGUUCAGUGAGGUUCGAGGUUUCUACCAAGGCGUCGUUUUACACGACAUCCCAGCGCAAAUCGUCGAGCACGAUAUAAUUGUCUUUUUGAAUAACGAGUUCAAGAAGAUCCGCCAUGAUUUCAACAUGACUGUGGGCGAUGAACGGAAGCUGCCGUCAGAUUGGCCAGGACGUCCGACAGUGCAGAGUCUUGCAAAGAUGGCGGUACCCCUGUUUAUCUUUGCAGCGACCGUUUGUCGUUUUAUUGGCGACCGCCGACGUAGCCCUCAAAGGCGAUUGCAAACGGUGUUGGGUCAUGGGGAGAGAAGUCACGGGUCCCAACUCGACCAAACCUACGCGCCGAUACUGCGCUCACAGAUCACAUCGCUCCCGAAAGAGGAGAGAGAGGAGAUCAUCAGAGACUUCAGAGUGAUCGUUGGUAGCAUCGUUACCCUUGCGAGCCCCCUAUCAGUAAUUGCACUAUCGUGCUUGAUUGACGUCCCCCUAGAAGCCAUGGAUGAAAGAUUAGAUGCACUUCAUUCGGUCUUGAGCAUCCCGCUUGAACGUACAAUACCUGUGCGGUUGCUCCAUUUGUCGUUUCGAGAUUAUCUCAUCGCAGAAGAAAGCGAGUUCCAGCGAAACACUGCUUGCGCAUUAUGUGUGACGCUCUGCGGAAGAACAUAUGCGGCCUGUCUUUCCCAGAUGGAGCAUAACCCUAACCUUGACGAUGACAACGAAGUCUAUGAUUUCUUAUCGACACAUUUCCUACACUGGGUGGAAGCGAUGAGUUUACUUGGGCGAGUCAAGGAAUGUCUCGAGUCACUCAGGUCACUAGCAAGGCGGCUGGAGAUUUAUUCUUGUCUGAUUUUCGCACCAAGCAAGAGUAUCAUAAGAAGGACAUUCGAACAAGCUAUUCCAAGAUGGAUAAGCAAUUUGCCGAAGGUUGAAGAAACCUGGGACGCAUGCCUAUUGACUCUAGAAGGCCAUAGCAAAUCGGUCAGGUCUGUGGUGUUCUCGCAUGACUCAAAAAAGGUAGCAUCGGGCUCUAAUGAUAAGACGAUACGGAUCUGGGAUGCAGAGACGGGCCAGUGCGAGCGACUGCUGAAGGGCCAUAGCGGCGAUAUCAGCUCGGUGGUGUUCUCGCAUGACUUAAAAAACGUGGCAAUAACCUCUUAUGAGGAGAGCAUAUGGAUCUGGAAUGCAGAGAUGGGCAAGUGCAAGCGAGUGCUGAAGGGCCAUAGCGACGAUAUCAGCUCGGUAGUAUUCUUAUAUGACUCAAAAAAGGUAGCAUCGGGCUCUUAUGAUGAGACGAUACGGAUCUGGGAUGCAGAGACGGGCAUAUGCGAGCGAGUGUUAAAGGGUUAUAACAGCUGGGUUAGGUCAGUGGUGUUUUCGUAUAACUCAAAAAAAGUGGCAUCAGUCUCUAAUGACGAGAUGAUAUGGAUUUGGGAUGCAGAGACAGGCAAGUGCAAGCAAGUGUUAAAGGGCCAUAAUAGCCGGGUUAGGUCAGUGGUGUUCUCGCAUAACUCGAAAAAGGUGGCAUCGGCCUCUAAUGAUGAGACGGUACGGAUCUGGAAUGUAGAGACAGCUUCUAGUGACGGGAUAAUACGGAUCUGGGAUGCAGAGAUGGGCGAGUGUGAGCGAGUGCUGGAGGACCAUGGCGAAUGGAUCAGCUCGGUAGUAUUCUCAUAUGACUCGAAAAAGAUAGCAUCGGCCUCUUAUGAUGAGACGGUACGGAUCUGGGAUGCAGAGACGGGCGAGUGUGAGCGAGUGCUGGAGGGCCAUAGCGACGAUAUCGGCUCGGUAGUGUUCUCACAUGACUCAAAAAAGGUGGCAUCGGGCUCUGAUGACGAGACGAUACGGAUCUGGAACGCUGAGACGGGUUUAUAG